AUGGCCGGCCCCCGGAACCAGUACUAUGAGUUCUACCGGCAGAGCAGCAUCGGCAUGCAGCUCACGGACGCGUUGGAUGAGUUGAUCCAGUCGGGCCACAUUAACCCCAUCCUCGCGAUGAAGGUGCUCGAGCAGUUUGACAAGUCCAUCUCGGAGACGCUCGCGAACAAUGUCAAGUCCAAAGGGACAGUCAAGGGACACUUGCACAACUACCGCCUGUGUGACGAGGUGUGGACCUUUAUCGUAAAGGACGCGCUGUUCAAGCUCGACAAUGGCGAGAUGCUCUCGGUGGACCGCGCCAAGAUUGUCGCGUGCAAGCUCGGCGAAAACAACACGCGGUAA